CCCAGCUGCUUUGGCAAAAAUGAAGGAUGAAGUUGCAAUGCUUGGUAGGGAUCAAGUUGAAAUGAGGGGACGAAAAUUUUAUCCUUCUCUGGUUGGUUCAAUGGACUUUUCUGUGGAAGUGGCUGCUGAUACACAGAGAAGGAUCGACUUUCUUACUGAGCAAUUGCAUGCAACGGAAGAAGAAAACAGGACUCUCAAGGAAACCUUUGACAAGAAACCGAAAAAACUUGAAUUUUCUAGAACCAUGUAUGCUCGUACCACUUCCAGAUUAUCACAAGCAUCGAUGUCUGAUGUGGGCAAUGAUGACAAGGCCAGCUACCCUGAGUCUUGGGCUUCUGCAUUGAUUUCAGAGAUGGAGCAUUUCAAAACUGAAAAACAACUGGGCACAUCAUCUGAUAAAUUAUUAGGAAAUUCGGAAAUGAAACUCAUGGAUGACUUUGCAGAAAUGGAAAAAUUAGCACUAGUUUCUGUUGAUUAUCCAGCAGGAAGUUCCUAUCAUUCCUUAGAGGAAGGUAAUGCAAUUAGUCGUCCGUCAGGUUUGAUCUCUAGCCAAGAAUUUCAAUCUGAUGAUAGAGUAGUCAAUAAGGAGCCUGGUUGGCUUGGUGACACAUUGAAACUGCUUUUGGAGCAAAGUUCUGCAACACAAAGAAGCCCUGGUGAAGUAUUAGAGGAUAUCAAAGCUGCUUUGGCACAUAUAAACACUUCUAACCCAAGAAGUCUUAAUGCCGAGGAAACUACAAACCUGCCUGAUGUAUCACCUUCUCCUGAAGUUAGUGGACAUGUUUAUCAGAAAUUACCAAACCACUCAUCAAGAACUGAUGCAUCUGUUAGAAGAGCUUCCUAUAAUAUCUCAACUACAAAAAAGAGUUGCCAGAAGUUUCAGUCAAGUGUGAGUGUAUCGAUAUGCAAAAUGCUUGAGCUCAUUGAAGGAAUAAACAUGCCAUAUCUAGAAAAUAGUGUAGCAGAAUUUUACUCGGGUAAGGAUGAUAAACUUUUGUCAUAUAAGAACUCGGAAUUCACUACAGGCUACAUGGUACGUGUAUUUCAAUGGAGAAUUUCUGAACUGUCUGCCAUUUUACGACAAUUUGCUUGCACUUGUAAGGAUUUGUUAAAUGGAACAGCUGAUCUUGAACAGUUUGCCCAAAAAGUAGCUUCUACUUUGGAAUGGAUCAUGAACCAUUGCUUUUCCCUUCAGGACGUUUCAAGCAUGAAGGAAGCAGUAAGAAAUCAUUUUGAUUGGGAUGAAUCACAAAGUGAGAAUGAAUUGGAUAAUGAAUUGAUUAAUCAAUGUGCACAAUCAAACAAAUUGCAUUUGGAAAGCAAUGAGAUGCUAUACAUUCCCACAGAAUCUUCUUUGAAUGGUCAUAACAGAUCUUGUCAAAUGGAGGAAGUUCAGCAAGAUCGAAGACUGAAUGUUGAAUUGAAAAAUAAGGACUCUUCAACUGCAGAUUUUGAAGUGAGGCCUCAAUCUGAAAUUACCAAGAGUGAAUCUUUCAUGGUUCAAAUGCAGGAGACCAAUGAAAUUUUGGGGACUUCGAAAUCAGAGAUGGAAAUUAUGAAUCUAUCAAAGGUAAAAAUCAAAGAUACAAUUGGAAUGCAUAAGAUGUUGAAAGAAGAUCCCGAGACCCAGUUGAUGGAAGCCAAUAUUGAAUUAAAUAAGGAGAUUUCAUGUUUCGAAAAUGAGCUGGAAAAGAGAAAUAACUCGUGCAGAAGACUAGAAGCAACUCGCCAUGACCUACGGAUUGAUCUAAAAGGGAUGACAAGCAAGGAUGUUCCAGAUGACAGAAAGCACAGGGAAAAACACCUCAAAAAUGUAAGUUUCAAAUCCAAAAUAUAAUACAAUCCAAAAUAUAAUAUUUGUGAGGUCUUGAAAUUCAAUUUAAAUGUAGCAUGAUAAAUGGUAGUGUAAAAGAUGCUAUCUUAGGUUUUUGUUAGAAAGUUAAGUUUAAGAGUCCUUUG